CUCUGCUUAGCUCUGCUUUGUCUCUUGACCGAUGCUGAUUCUAUAAAUUUGGCGGAUCUCGUUAUUGUCUUUCUUUCUUAUUCACGAACAUUUUGUUGGCCGCGGCCCUUUGAUUAUUUGAAUAGCUCCAAGAUGAUGGAAGUCGACACUCACUCGCCAUCCACAAGGAUGACACGUUCCUUCAGCUAUUCACUGAAGAGGCCCCGCUCUCCUGGGUCCCCAAGCCAAGAACGCCAGCCGAAACGUUCAUCACUUGCUUUACAGGAUACGUAUCUGAGUCGACGAGCAUCCUCCAUUGUUUUUUCUGCCAAUCAAAACUCGAGCAAUCAUCAUCAACCAAGCCCAGAUGAUUGGGUGAGGCAAGCUAGCGACCUCUCUAUUGGACGCCCAAGUAGUGUCGAUUCUGUUCCUUCGCCAAGUGGCGAUAUACAGGAUGAGAACAUGGCACUCGACCCAGACGAACCUCCUAAGUCUUACUCAUCGGUGCUUGUCUUUUCGCCACCACGGCUACUACAGCCAUCUCGAGCACAUCCUACAACCACGCAAUUAAAUGCAUCACAAUCGUGCAUUAGCACUCCCCAGCACAUAUCUCAAAUCAUCGUGGGACAUGCAGGCGGACAGCCAUUAACACCAAGCAUAACCAUGGCAUACCAACAACAGUCUUCCUCGGUAUAUGUGGAGCCCGGUAUAUCAUCAGACGAAUCGUCAAACCAGCAGGGACCGACUCAAAGCCACAACUUUUUUCAGACUACAUUAUCUGAAAUGCCAAUUCCACCACCACCUCCGAUAAGCCAAUCUCCAGGACCCAAGUUGACUUCAGGGAGAAAGCAGCGCUUUACGAUGGGGCCACGUGCAGACUGCCUGAAGUGCAGAAUGGGCGAAAAGGGGCACUGGAUGCAUUUCGACUAGACAUUGGAGUAGUAACCUUGCUUAAUUGUAGAACUAUAAUACUUUACAGGUGACGACUAACUUGUGCAGCCCACACUACCAUUCAGGUUGUCUUGGUCCAGAAUUUAGGUACUUACAGGACCCGGACGAGGGAGUUGCUCAAGAAUAAUAAUGUUUUGCUUUGUUUGCCGAA